AUGCCAGAGAAGAUUAUCAUAGUGACUGGAUUCGGUCCUUUCGUGGGUCACGAAGAACGUAACGCUAGCUGGGAGGCGGUGAAUCUUUUACCCGAAGUGUUCCUCUUUCGCAAAGACACAUACCAGAUACGCAAAUAUAAGAUACCCGUGACGUACGAGGAGGUGGAGCGUAUCGUGCCACUCAUUUGGAACCAACAACCAGAUUUGGUAGUGCACGUUGGCGUUCAUGGAAGGAUCAGUACCAUCAACCUGGAACAUUGUUCGUACACAUCCGGAUACUGCAAACCAGAUUUCGCUCAACGUUGUUUGCCUUGCGAUAAGAUAACACUCAGCGGAAAGCAUGCGACAGACGAAGGAUGUGUGAUGCUGAAAACGAAUCUGAACAUUGAACGAAUCGCUAAAGAAUUAAAUCUUGAGACGAAUGUGGAAUGCUGUUGCUCAACAAAUGUUGGAAACUACCUGUGUGGGUACAUCUAUCUCAAAUCGCUAGAUGUAAAUCCUGAUAGAACGCUAUUCAUACAUGUGCCGAAAAUAGAUGAACCAUACUCCUCGGAGCAAACGAUGGCGGCAAUCUACAAUGUGAUCGGGAAAUGCAUGGAACAGCUCUCAACCGAACGGAAGCUCUCCUGA